UCAUUAGCAUCAUCAUCUUUAUAGGUCGAAGGCUGUGUUGGUUUCGCUAUGGAAGGCGUGUGGACGAAUUUCAGUCAGGUGUUCUUGCUUUCACUGGUCACUUCAGCGCUUGUAGUUUUCCUUACAGUUGUUUUCGCCUACAGAACGUCGAAGUACGGCUGCUUUAUAAGGCGAAAGAAAACGGACGUUGAUUCUUGUGAAUUAUCUGAAGAGGAGAAGGAGAGGAUGACUGCGAAACCACAGGCAGCCAAAGCGGCCGAGUCACUAAUUGAGGCUACAAUGACUGAAGAGCAGAAGACAUUGGAAAAAGAGGCUCAGAGGAAGCAGCUAGAAGAGAUCUACCGGCUGAUGGCAGCACACAGUGACAAGUUUGGCGACACAUCUAUGGAGGACAUUGUGAAUCAAAUGACUUUGUACCGGUGAUUGGCAGCUGAGAAAAACUUUGUGCCAUCGCAUGACACAUGAAUCCACUGUUAAAAACCCAAGUUUUUUUUUCGUAAAGAAUAGCCCAUGCAUAUGUUUUAACUAGUCAUUCCCCUAGUUUCUCUAUUGUUUAUAAGUCAAACAUAAAAGCAGUUGCAUAGCAAUAUAUGCAAUCACAUUCCAUCCACUUUGAUAGCUUUCCUACCUCUGUGAACCAUGUAACCCCAUUGCACUGCCAGUCAUGUCAGCACAAAACAAUAUAAAGGAAUUUUGUGAAUAUUGUUUCUUUGGCACAAAUGACACUUAACUGACUGCAAUAUGCUGCUGAAAAACAACUCUGUGUGCAUGCCAUGUCCCAUGCACGUCCUGCUUGCAUUGUUUGUUAUUCAGCUAGUUGGAAGCCGGUUUUUACGCAUUUCGGGUUGGCCUUGGAGAUGUAGAAACCUGUCACAGCUACAACAUAUUUCAAAUACCAUUGAAGGAGUAUGCUAAUACCAAUUACAGAGUUUGAGUCAUUGCCAUUGUUUGUAAACAUACACGUGCACACUGUGGAAAAAUCAUGCCACAAUCUUGCCUACUGCAUGUAGCACAUGUUUGCACUUCCUGCAUAAUACUAUCAUACAAAGGCACAACGAGGAGUUGGUUAUCAAAGGCUGAUCUCGUACCAUUGUUAUAUUCUGUGUGCUCUCUUCAAAAGUUGAAACCUUAUAUGCCCUUGCACUGCCUAAAAUAUAUUUCUUGGCUUCUCAAAGAGAGCAGGUUCUAGUACAGCACACUGAAUUCUAUGUGAGAGCAUGAACACUAAGCUGAAAUGUGCAAACUUUAUUACAGUAAAGACAUGCAUCUUAUCUGGCACUGAGCGAGAAACUGUUUAUUGUCUUGUUUAAUAUCUUUAAGGGAAGAUGCAGGUCAAAAACGUAAGCUUUCUCCAUAAUUACAUAUAGUAUUUCGUUCUUAUUUGCUUUCACAAGUUUAGUUUCCCUACUUUCACAAUAACAAAAAACACUGAAGACAAUAAUUAAACUCGAAGUAGGUUAAAAUCACUUUUAAAUAAUAAUAUGUGGCUACUACAAAAUUGAAAAGAGCUCAUUGUUCAGAGUCGCCUGGCACGUGUCACCUAGCUGCUCGUCAUUGCAUUUCGCAUGAGGAGUUGCACAUGCCUAAAAUAACUAUGAUUGCCAAGCUCUCAUGAUGGAAAAAAUCAUUUUAAAAAACAUACCUUUGUCGUAUAGAUGAGCUUGGGCUUGUACCUUUAAAAUGUGUUUUUCUCAAGAUCCAGUUUUGGGCAACUUCUUGAGUAUAGACUUCAUGUUUUUAAUACUUACAAUAUCCAAAUCAGGAUGAACUUUUGCCCCCAUAAUGUUUAACAUUGGAAGGGUGCAAGUAUCUGCUUUAAAACUUUGUAUUGCUUGUAUACUUAUUACAACCCUAUAGUAAGCUAUUAGUAUGGGCCGAGGAUUCUAAAAGUCUUAUGCGCACUUUCUUGAUAGUUAUUUACAUUCAACAGUUAAUGUGGAGCAAUAUGAGCCAUUAAUGGCGCAGAACCAAAAGAGUUCAGUGGCAAAAAAAAUUUGUUCAAAAUGAACUAUACACAUUGGCAUAGCACAAUGCAAAAACUGUGCUACUUACUGAAAAACUAAUUACAUAUUUACAAUCAGCAAAAAAAAAAUUUCAUUGCGCUAGACUACAGAUAAAUUAAAAAAAUGCUUUCGAAACCCAUUUCCUCUUAAACUUGCCGUGCCAUUCAGCACCGUUUAUAGAGCUUCUAAAGCUGCAGCGACUUGCAGCUUUCAAGUUUCACAAAUUGUCACAACUUUCAUUAUCAUGAGAAAUGUUAUCGUUUGACAAUUCAGUGAGCAUAGCCUUGAUUUGAAAUAUUUAUUAAGCCCCAUAUUAAGGUAUUUUAGAAAACAGACAUGCUAUAUGUAUUCAGAGCAGUUAUAAUUCAUAUCAUGAGCAUUACAGUCAUAGCUGUACUACCCAAGUCUAGUACUCGUGUGCUGCAGUACCUAGUCAUUCAUUUCUGAAGUGAUAAAUAAAUAUCAGUGAUACAUGUGUGGAUUCAAAACAUGCCAGUGCACAAGUGAUAUGCACACACUUUAACUGGUAACAUCUAUCUACCCUUGUUGGCACACGCAGGCACAAAUAAAAUUUUUUUUGUGCUUUUGUGUUUUACACGAUUUUUAAAUGUGAAAAUAAAACAGUGUAGCAAUUGUUCAUUGC